UUUCUUUUCUUUUCCCUAUCUCUUCAUACAUACAUCCAUUUAUUUCCUUCUUUAUGAUAUCGUCUCUAUUUCAUCCAGUAGUCAUUACAACAAGUGCAAUAUCAUGUCUUGUAUUUGGAUCAUGGUUUACAUUUUGGUACAAGACAAACUUGGCUCGUACAGAACGAGAGAGAGCUUAUGUUUGCACUUUAUUAAGUAGCUUUGUAACCAGUCUUUGUUCAUUACCUUAUGUCUAUUAUUUCUUAAAGAACGAGGGUCAUUUCCCAGACUUUAUGUCCAAUUUUCAAACAAAUCAAUUGCCAGUCAUCAUCACGACUUUCUUUAUGACCUUUUUAUUUAUGGAUCUUACAAUAGGUUCUAUAUUCUAUCCAAAGAAGAUUGAACUCCUUACAGGAUGGAUUCAUCAUCUUACUUACUUGGCUACCCUUACCUGGGCUAUUCAUCAACGUUAUUGUGCGAUCUUUAUCAUGAUGUGUUCAUUAGAGAUACCUACCUUUCUAUUAGCAUUAGCAUCUGUACGCUCUCGGUUUCGUCAUGAUUAUUUAUUUGCUGUAGCAUUCGUAUUCACUCGUAUCUUAUUUCAUGCAUUUACCAUUCGUUGUGCUUGGAAAUCUGCAGUCUUGAAUCCUGUCUCUUAUCGAUCCAUUCUUAUUGCCUUAUCCUCUUUCUUUCCUGUUCAUUGUUAUUGGUUUUAUGGUACGUAUGAAUGAAUGAAUGUAUACAUAUUCGUGUAUAUUAAAAUUAAAUUAAAAUUAAAAUUAAAUUACAUAAAAUAAAGGGUUUAUUAAGCAACAAAUCCGCUUAGCCAAGAACAAGAAAAAGUUAGGAGAAGAAAGGGUGAUCGUUUCUGAUAAGCCUACAACUAAAUCAUCUCAUAUAUUAACAAUGAAUAUACCUAAUAAAGAUAUCAAGUUGUUAACAGCAUCAAGCAUUGUUAGAAAUACAACAAUGUUAAUACAGCGAUCACUCUCUUCCAGUCAUCAUACAACAGCAUCCUCCUCUACCACUGCUGCUUCUACUAAAUAUAUCACUACUACUACCGCUCCCUCAUUUCUUCCAUCAUCACCACCUGUGUCAGUACAUUAAAAAAGAAAAGAAAAAAAAAUAGAUGAAAAUGAGUUUUUUUUUUUUUUUUUUUUUUUUUUUUUUUUUUUUUUUUUUUUUUUUU